AUGUUAAAGGUUGGUUGCAUUUGUUUUUUAUUCGCGACUUCGCGUUCUAUUUUGUGUGUGACGGUUCCGUCCGGCGGAGAAGGAUUUUAUUUUGCAAAUAAUAAUUUUGAUGGUUUUCGUUUAGAUCAUCAGAAUCCCUGCAGAAGAGCUCCCGAUUGCGGUAAAUUAACAAAAUGCAGAACGGAGACGGCACGCCGACAGCGGCGGAUAAACACCAAGAAGGCGGUACCGGAGGAGAUCACUAAGCAUUCGUUCCGGCUGAAGGUAUGGCGCCACUUGGAGACCAACGGGCUGGCCAUGUUCCCGCGCCCCGUGUACAACCGCAUCCCGAACUUCAAGGGGGCACCGGAGGCCGCGGCCAAGCUGGCUGAGCUCGAUGUCUUCAAGAAUGCUACCACCGUGAAGGUCAACCCCGAUAAGCCACAAGAGGCUGUGAGGGUACUAUGCUUGGAGCAGCAGAAGACGCUGUACGUGCCGGUUCCACGUCUGCAGAAAGGCUUCCUGAACCGGCUUGAGCUGCCUGAGGGAGAGACUGGACCCUCGGCCAUCAGGAAGGCCGUCUCGCGUAACGGAAUGGAGUCCUAUGGGAAACCUAUUGGCAUAGAAGACACCGUUUCGCUGGAUUUGGUUGUGAUGGGAUCAGUCGCGGUCUCCAAGGAGGGAUACCGCAUUGGCAAGGGAAGAGGCUAUGGCGAUCUGGAGUUCGGUCUGAUGAUGCACAUGAAGGCUAUCAAGCCCAACACAGUGGUUGCCACUACUGUUCACGAUUGCCAGGUAAAGAAACCUAAAAUUUACACGAUUUUCACCGUCGACGAGCAAACAACCCUCUCGUCUAACCUUUUCCUAAUAAAACCUUUUUGGAAAAUACAUGCAAAGCAAUCUAUAAAAUUAGAAAACAUGACGUUAUUAUAG